CGCGGGGCCGGAGGAGGUGGCGGCGGCGGCGGCCAGCACGGCGGGAGAGGAGGCGGCCGCGAACUCGGGACCGUGAGGGGCCGCCGUGCAGGCGCCGCGGGCCCAUGACGGACGCGGACAACGCCAUGUCCACCUUCCGGCAGGAGGCCGUGGAGGACCACUAUGAGAUGGGGGAGGAGCUGGGCAGCGGCCAGUUCGCCAUCGUGCGCAAGUGCCGGCAGAAGGGCACGGGGAAGGAGUACGCGGCCAAGUUCAUCAAGAAGCGGCGCCUGUCGUCCAGCCGGCGCGGGGUCAGCCGCGAGGAGAUCGAGCGCGAGGUGAGCAUCCUGCGCGGCAUCCGGCACCCCAACAUCAUCACGCUGCACGACGUCUUCGAGAACCGCACGGACGUGGUGCUCAUCCUGGAGCUGGUCUCGGGCGGCGAGCUCUUCGACUUCCUGGCCGAGAAGGAGUCGCUGACGGAGGACGAGGCCACGCAGUUCCUCAAGCAGAUCCUGGACGGCGUGCACUACCUGCACUCGAAGCGCAUCGCGCACUUCGACCUCAAGCCCGAGAACAUCAUGCUGCUGGACAAGAGCGCGCCCAACCCCCGCAUCAAGCUCAUCGACUUCGGCAUCGCGCACCGGAUCGAGGCGGGCAACGAGUUUAAGAACAUCUUCGGCACCCCCGAGUUCGUGGCUCCUGAGAUCGUCAACUACGAGCCCCUGGGCCUGGAGGCGGACAUGUGGAGCAUCGGCGUCAUCACCUACAUCCUCCUCAGCGGCGCGUCCCCGUUCCUCGGGGAGACGAAGCAGGAGACCCUGACCAACAUCUCGGCCGUGAACUACGACUUCGACGAGGAGUACUUCAGCAACACCAGCGAGCUGGCCAAGGACUUCAUCCGCCGGCUGCUGGUCAAGGACCCCAAGAGGAGAAUGACCAUCGCCCAGAGCCUGGAGCACUCCUGGAUCAAGGCCAUCCGGCGGCGGAAUGUGCGUGGCGAGGACAGCGGCCGCAGGCCCGAGCGGCGGCGGCUGAGGACGGCGCGGCUGAAGGAGUACACGAUCAAGUCGCACUCCAGCAUGCCGCCCAACAACAGCUACGCGAGCUUCGAGCGCUUCUCCCGCGUGCUGGAGGAGGUGGCGGCGGCCGAGGAGGGCCUGCGCGAGCUGGCGCGCGGCCGGCGCCUGUGCCACGACGACGUGGACGCGCUGCGCGCCAUCUACGAGGAGAAGGAGGCCUGGUACCGCGAGGAGCACGCGAGCCUGGGCCAGGACCUGCGGCGCCUGCGCCAGGAGCUGCACUCGACGGCGGCGCUGCAGCGCCAGGCCCAGGAGGAGGCGCGGGGCGCGCUGCUGGGGGCCAGCGGGCUGCGGCGCCGCUUCAGCCGCCUGGAGAACCGCUACGAGGCGCUGGCCGAGCAGGUGGCGUCCGAGGUGCGCUUCGUGCAGGACCUGGUGCGCGCACUGGAGCAGGAGAAGCGGCAGGCAGGGGAGUGCAGCCUGCGCUAGCCCCCCCUGGCCCGGCCCGCGCCGCUGUGCGCCGGGGCUGCGGGGGCCCGGGCCGCCCCUCCUCGCGGCUCAGGCGGGGCUCAGCGCGCUGCACGGACAGGGUGGGGGGCGGGAGACUUGGGGAGCUCGUGAACAGUCGGGCCCCCCAUGACCCUGGGAGGAGGGGCAGGUGCUGCCCAUCGCGCGCAGUGGCGGUGGCCACGGCCCCUGCCCGUCCCCAGUGACGUCUGCGGUGCUGCUCUUGGGCCUGUCCAUGCUCGGGGCCACGUGGACGCAACCCCCAGGGCGCCACAGCAGAGGCCCGGCUCCCAUCGCUGGGAGGAAGCGGGGUCGCAGGGGCCCGGGUCCCCCAGCUGGGGCCACGCAGUACCGCCCGUCGCCGCCAGGGGCCGCCCUCCGCCUGAGCACAGGUCCGGGUGGGCGGGGGCGCGGACCCGGGCUGGGGUCCCCGCCGCGUGCCCGCCACGAGCCCCGUCGUGCCCGUGUGCAUGUACACGCCAUGUUCCUGUCAAGCUCGGAGAAAUAAAACCUGACUCUGCCGGCUCCGUCUGUGGCUCG